AUGAAAAUCUUUAGAUGUAAAUAUCUGAGCCAUGAAAAUGAAGAAAUAAUAGGAUUUUGUUUAAAUCAGAAUUGUUAAAAUGCAACUCAAUUUUGCUUUGAAUGUUUAAAUAUGAAUCAUUAAUAACAUUUCAAUGAUUGUAUUCGAUUCACUAAAAUUACUUAAUUUAUAAAUGAAUUCAUUCAACUGAAUAAUCAAUCUAAGAAAUAACUGUAAGAAAUCUCUAAAUAAGUCUAAAAUCAUUUUGAAUAGAUUUAAAAAAAUAUAGACCAGGACAUUAAAAUAUUAGAAAAUAUGAAUUAGUAACUUUCAAACAAUGAUUAUUUAACUUUUAAGUCAUAAAUUCACAUAAUCAAACACUAUUAUUCAAAGGAAAUAGAAAAUUAAAUAUGUAUCCUUUUUUAUUCUUAAUAUAGAAUACUAAGUAUUACAAUUGAAUAAAAUUCUUGAAACAAUUAAGAGUAAGGUAGCAAAAUAAAAUCAAGUAGUUGAUUAAACUAAUUCUGUUUAGAAUAAAGAUUCUAAUAAUGAGGUGAACAAUGAUUUUAAACAGAUGGAAAUUUGCCCCUUUUAAGAAAUAUUUAAUAACGGUAUAACAAAUCUUAUUGGAAAAUAGGUAUUGUAUUACACGAUUUACAGAGAUACUAAGAAGCAAUUGAGAGUUUUAAUAUAGCUAUUUCUAUUAAUCCCAAUGAUGAUAGUAUAUGGAAUUAUAAAGGUAUUUAAUUUCGACAAAUUAUUAUAGGUUCAGCAUUAAAUAAUUUAAACAAAAUAUAAGAAGCUAUUGAGUACUACGAUAAAGCUAUUUCAAUUAAUCCCUGCAAUGAUGACGCUUGGAAUAAUAAAGGUAAUAAAAUUUCAACAUAUUAUAUAGGUUAGGCAUUAAUCACUCUAAAGUAAUACCAAGAAGCUAUAAAUUGCUAAGGCAAAGCUAUUUCAAUUAAUCCCAAAAACGAUAAAGCGUGGUGUAAUAAAGGUAAUGAAUUUUAAUGUAUUAUUGUAUAGGUUCAGCAUUACACAAUCUAAAGAAAUACUAAGAAGCAAUGGAUUGCUACGACAAAGCUAUUUCACUUAAUCCCAAAAACGAUAAAGCAUGGUAUAAUAAAGGUAAUGAAUUUUAAUGUAUUAUUGUAUAGGUUUUACAUUACAAAGUUUUCAGAAAUACUCAGAAGUUAUUUAUUGCUACGACAGAGCUAUUUCAAUUAAUCCUUAAUAUGAUUUAGCCUGGAAUAACAAAGGUAAUUAAUUUAUAUCUAUUAUUACAUAGGUUCAGCAUUAAACAAUUUAAAGAAGUACUCAGAUGCUAUUGAAUGUUUCGACAAAGCGAUUUCUAUUAAUCCUAAAUAUUAUAAAGCAUGGAAUAAUAAAGGUAAUGAAUUUUAAUAUAUUGAAUUUAGGCUACGCGUUACAUGGUUUACAGAAAUGCUCAGAAGCUAUUGAAUGUUUCGACUAAGCUAUUAUGUUAAAACCUAAAUUUAAGACGGCAUUGAAAAACAAAGGUAAUAAAAUUCAAAUGUAUUAUUAAUAGGUUCAGCAUUAAGUAGUUUAGAGUAAUACUAAAAAGCUAUUGAAUGCUUCGACAAAGCUAUUUCCAUUGAUCCUAAAUUUGAGAUAGCUUAUAGUGAUAAAGGUAAAUUUUUUAUCAUAAGUUAGGUCUGGCACUACAUAAGUUAAAGUAAUAUAAAGAUGCAAUUUUAAGUUUUGAUUAAGCCUUGUCCAUUGGUAUAAAUCUUCUGAGUUUAAUACGAAAAGGUACAUUAUCCUAAAUUAAUAGUUUUAUUUAGCUGA